CACAGACAAGAUGCACAUGAAAGUAAUUCAGUGGAGUGUAUGGGCCCUAUUAUUGUGGCCCCAACAUCUUACUGCGAGCACCCCACUAGACUGCAGAGAUGAUCAGGGCAGUCUGAGCCGCUGCACCUCCAUCUCCCAGGAGAAACUACUGGACCGAGUCAUCCAUCACGCUGAGCUCAUCUACCGCGUCUCAGAAGAACUGUGCUCUUUGUUUGAGGAGCUGUUUAUUCCAUUUCCUUUUAGGCUCCAGAGUAAUCAGGCUGCUUAUGCAUGCAUCACCAAAGCCUUGCCCAUCCCCAGCUCCAAAAGUGAAAUCCAGCAACUCUCUGACAAAUGGUUGCUACAUUCUGUGCUGAUGCUGGUCCAGUCUUGGAUUGAACCUUUGGUCCACCUUCAGAUGACAAUGAAACGCUACGAUCACACCCCAGACAUGCUGCUCAACAAGACGAAGUGGGUAUCUGAGAAACUGAUCAGUCUGGAGCAAGGGUUGGUGGUUCUUAUUAAGAAGAUGUUGGAUGAAAGCACGCUGGCUACAGUUUACAGUGAUCAAAGUGUACUCCAGAAUGAUGUGCAGCCAGAGGUGCUGGAAUCUGUUAUGAGAGACUAUACCCUGCUCAGUUGCUUCAAGAAAGAUGCCCAUAAGAUGGAGACUUUCCUCAAGCUUCUCAAGUGUCGUCAAACUGACAAAUACAACUGUGCAUAAAACAUAAAGUGCAGCUUUUAAAUAAUGUAGUCUUUAGCUUUAAAUAAAUUUCUGAGGUUGCUAGUGUGGACUUAAAGAUACGACCAUGCCUUGGGCUCUUCUGGCGCAUUUGUAAUGCAGUGUAUUUCUUAUUGAUUGUUUUGGAACACCUUCACACAAAAACAAGUAGGUGUAAUACUGUGCCUUUUCUUAACCAUGUGUUGCAUUUUUGACUUUUUUUUCUCCAGCUCAGAUUUUAUUUUAACCUGGCAAAGGAAAAAGAAGGCAAACUCCCAAAAGAUCAUUUGUGUGUCGAGCUGUCAAAAAAAUUUGCAUAUCCUGCUAUUGAUUUCCAUUUCCUUUGUUCUUAACCAGUGUUUUUAGUCCUCUCUGGCUCUAGCAGUGUUUUGAUUAUACUGGUGGCCCCUGGAGUAUUCAGUGAGCCUCCCUUGUUAAAUGGAGUGGGUUUCACUUCUGCAAAAGAAACUGUACCGAUUAUGUUGAAGAAGAGAGUCUCAAAGAGUAUUCUCUCUCUAACUCUGUUCCAUAAAAAUGUAUAUAAACAUGAAAAAUAGGUGGUUAUAAAUCUACUCUUCUACUACUAAAUAUGCUAAAUCUACUAAAUUUAAUUGACAGAAAAAGAAAAGUUUAAGACUUUUGUCUUAAACUUUUCUGGAAAUUAAUUUUCAGUUUCUGCUGUUUUGUGUUGAUAUGUUUAAUGCUGAAUACAUUUUCUGAUGUAUAAAUAGAUGAUGUACUGUGAGCACUUCAGUUGUCAACUGCUGUUGGUUUUUAGAAGCAAAUAAAGCAAGAAAUA